UUCAAGACUAAUUACUGAAUUUAAUUCUUUGUAAUGUGGUUUGCAUAUGUUAAGGUGGUCUGUAUGUAUGGCAAUUUGGCUACCGAUAGGCCUCUGCUGUGUCCUGAUUUUUGUGUUCACGGCGUUCCGGAAAACCUAAAAAUGUUUAAAGUCAUUCUAUUUACAUAACAUAGUUUUGGCUCGUAUUGCCAGUUGUUUAAUGUAGUAGCAUAUUUCUUUUUAUCGUGAACUUUUUAUCUUUUCGUUUUUGUUAGGAACAGUUAUUGAUGUAACGGACAGUAUUCAUUUGUAAAUGUUAAAAACACAGAACCAAUAAUGAAUGCUGCAGCGACUGAAACAGGAUACUUUAGGUGUUUGCAAAAUGGUGGCCAACUGACCUUGGGAGUUUAUGUGAUACGAGGGAAAAAAGGAUUUAAUAACUCAUGAACGAAUUAUUUUUUUUUACAAAAUACACUGCACAGUGAAUACACAGUCUGCGUGUAGCUGGCUAGUUAGUCGCUAUGAUUAGACAAUGGAACAGAACCAGUGUUCAUUUGGAAGCCGAGUAGGCUAUGUGUUUGCAUAGUCGAACAGGGCUGUGCUUAAAUUGGUGGGAGAGGAGGCGGAUUAGUCUUCUAUGCCAUAUGGGAGAUGAACAAUGGAUUGAAAAAUAUGAAAGCAUUGCAAAAAGUUUCAAUAAUGAAUUUAAUGAACUUAAAUUGACUUAUUAUAAUAAUUUUUUACAAACAUGGCAAAUAGAAUAUAAUUUUAUUUGCAUGUUAUUAGGAUAGAGAGAAAGAGAGAGAGAUUUUGUAAAGAGCUGCAUUAAACUUUAUCACAAAAAUUCUUAUUUUUACCUGGGUCUGCAUGCAAAUGCAACAACUUAAUCUGUAAUAACCUGAGGAUAGUGAAAAAAUGUCAAAAUCACCAAAGGUCUCAAAGAAAUAAAGGAAACAAGGAUCAAGUAAUGAGAGACAGUAGGCCUAGUGUAUUGCACUGAAAGACACAGGGAGACAUGGAAGCGAUAUGGCUGUACCAGUUCCGAUUGAUCGUUAUUGGCGACUCAACAGUGGGGAAAUCCUGCUUGAUCCGGAGGUUCACAGAGGGGCGCUUCGCACAGGUGUCUGACCCCACAGUGGGGGUUGAUUUCUUUUCGCGCCUGGUGGAAAUAGAGCCCGGGAAGCGUAUCAAACUUCAGAUCUGGGACACUGCUGGACAGGAGCGCUUCAGGUCUAUCACCAGAGCCUAUUACCGUAAUUCAGUGGGCGGUCUGCUGCUGUUCGACAUCACUAACCGCCGCUCCUUCCAGAACAUUCACGAGUGGCUGGAGGAGGCGCGCAGCCACGUGCAGCCACACAGCAUCGUCUUCCUGCUGGUGGGCCACAAGUGCGACCUGGAGGCCCAGCGGCAGGUCAGCCAGCAGGAGGCGGAGAAGCUGGCGGGGGCCUACGGCAUGCGUUACGUGGAAACUUCGGCCCGAGACGCCAUCAACGUCGAGAAGGCCUUUACAGAACUGACGCGGGACAUCUUUGAGCUGGUCAAGUCCGGGGACAUCACCAUCCAAGAGGGCUGGGAGGGGGUGAAGAGCGGCUUCAUCCCCAACGUGGUGCACUCCUCCGAGGAGGUCACCAAGAGUGACCGCCGGUGCCUCUGCUGAGUCGCCCUGCAAAGCUGUCAUUCGGAUUCUGCCCUAUGUCUCCAUCCCUCUACCUCGCCCUACCUCAUUUCCCCUCACUUCCCCAAAUCCCAGCCCUGUUUGCUGCUACCCUGCCUCUGCCUUCCUCCACUAAGUCCUCGUCAAUCCUGGUUAAGCCAAACCACCAUUUUCACCAGUUCAUUGGCCGUGUGGUCUUUCCUUUUCUCCUCAAACUUCUCUGUCCCUAUCAUUCAGAGGAGUUGAAGAACUUGCUUCAUAGACCCACAUUAUCCUCUCAUACGCCUCAUUUCAGUUGCCCCCCCCCGAUUGUAUACAUAUACAUCACUCAAGCCUGCAUCUACAGCUCAUAAAUGCAAACAGUGUCUGAGGAGAGUUCUAGAGUUCUCCCAGACAGAAACUGGCCUGGAUCAGUUGUUUCAGUUCUUCUGUGUAUAGUUUUGCAGGGAAUGCAUCAUAUGGAAACUGACAAGAGACACAAUUGGUAGCAUAUCUGUUUCUUGUAAGGUACAAAGAUAUCCACACACCAGGAAAAUGCACAGUAUCAAAUCAAGUGAACUGCUUCUCCAUGACCACCCUGAUAGGGAAAGGAAGAAGAAUGCACUGUGAAACACUACAUUACUCAUAAAUCUAUGACGUCUCAAACGGAUAUGAGGCAUUUAUCUAUAUUAGUGAUGAUAAAGGUAAUCAGCUUUAUCAUCAGUGAUAUAAAUGAGCAGGUUGAGUUGGGCAACAUAAAGCAUGGCCUUGCUGUUGAAUCAGUGGAGCCAUUCUUUUUUCUGAAUUGCUGAAAAUCCUUGAAGUUUUUAAAGGUUUUUGACAUUUAAGAUUUUUGUGUCUCUUCUUUUGUCUGAUGGUUUUUUUCAUGACAUUCCUAGGUCAAUAUUACCACCCUGUGCUACAUGAGAUGCAAUGACGUAGCUUUAAAGUAGAAACUGUGUUAUGCUGUGUUGCUUGCUGAGAUAACACCUUUUUUAGUUACAUAUACUUUAUUUUACUUAUUUUUAUAUUGUGGUUCACAUUCGGCAGCGAAACCACUGUUGUGGCACCAUUUCAUUCUCAGCUCGGAACUGUUCUUACCUGUGUAUGACCUGUACCUCAGCGUGUCUGCUUGGCGCCUGUCUCUGUGCCUAAUCCACUCAUUUACUGAUCAGAAAUUUCCUGCUUGUUAAUCAAAGCUUUCGAAUGCUUGGCAGGCCAGUCCCAUCUUGGAAUUUUCCAGUCCCCUUGCAGUAUUACAAGGGCUUUUACUUGGAUUGACGUAAGACUUAAAAGUAGAAUGGCUACAUAAGCCAUUAAGUCUCUGACUAGGACGCACAACCUGAGAAAGCAACUCACAGUGUUUUGGACAGUGGUUUCCAAUCCAUUUCUGGUUCUGGAGAUCCUCCACUUAAAUUGUGUCUCAUAUGGACCUAAAUCAUCUCUGCAGCGGUGAAACUUGUUAACUACUGACAAUUAAACCUUUUUACUUGUCUAUGAGAAUGACGUGGUUGAUAAUUCAGUGGUAUUAUUUGAUUCUCUAAAUUAUGAUGUGUUGGUUUUCUGUUUGCAUGCAAUGUAUUUUCUGUCAGGUUUAAAUGUGUGACAAGCAGUGGGCUUGAAAUUUUGAAAUGGGAGCCUGAAAUGUGUAUUUAAAUGGUUAAGUGUCUGAAAGUUGUUUUGGAUGGUUUUCAUUUUACUGCAAUGUAAAUAAGGAUCACUGUUUAGCAGCUUGUUCCUUUCCUGUUUUCUACAGUUUCUUACUUAUAAUCAAAAUUAGUUGAUCUAAACUCUUUGCUUUAAAGGGGCAGUACUCCUUAUGUAUAAAGGAAUUUUAUAAUUUUUUUUAACCUUGACAAAUGUGUCUUGAGCGCUUAGCCACUUUAGCUGGUUAGCAAUUUCACAUGAAAACAAGAUAAACUGAAGAGGUUAAAUCAUUAUGGAUAUGUUGUAACUACACAUACAGCCUCUGAAUGACUACAUUUGGCUAAUAACGGAAUAUGUUAUUUAUUUUAUUUAAUUUAUUUUUUUAUAUUUCAAAAAGCAUAACUGUGGCUGGGUAUUUUGUCAUUCGUAGACUUUAAUUGAUUUUUAAAUGUGACCUUGUGGAUCCUUUUUGAUGGAAAAAAUACACCCAAAGACAUUUCUCAAAGUAAGAUAAUGAAGAAAAUGAGGAACACUCAUUUGUAUGGUGAACAAUGCCAUUAAUUACCUAAUGCACAGUGAAGAAAGGUAAUGCAAUACUACAGUUGAUUAAAUCAGCUGUGAAGUGAAUCUGCUGUGGGUAGGUGAUUCCUGCUUAAAUGGACACACUUGUCAUGUAAAAGCACUGUAUCAGAAUCUGCUUAUGGGUCAGUUUAUUCUUAAACUCUCAUUUUAAGUUUUGAAGUCUAAAGUGCAGAGUUUGUAUUGUGCAAGGGGAGCAAGGAAACAGGCUUACUUGAAAGACAGACAUAAUUCAGUGUGAUGAUUUGUUUUAUUUUAUAUCUCUUUUAACAAAUUUCACAUCAUAGUUUUUUUGGCCUCAACUUUAAGUAACAGAGGGUUCUUAAGACAGAGCAUUUACUUCUUAACAUAUUCAAAUGUUGCACUUCUUAUAGUAUUGCCUUUUUGGGAUCAUUGGGAGAAAGGCCAAACCGGUCCAUGACAUGUCUUCUCCCAAAUUUUAAUCAUCACCCCCUGAAAAUCAUUGAUAUGCCAAUUCCUUCAACACAUAAAUAAAGAGAUAGAGGUUACUCUGUGGCCCUCAAUGUCCCACAAGUAGGUGGUUUAUGGUUAUAUUGAAGAGCCAAGUUAUCUAUGCAUUGGAUCAUUGUUACAUUUACUUUUCAUUCCAAGUGAAACCCAACAAGCUUCUUCAUGGCCAAUAGUCAAGCCAGACACUCAUCCAUCCAACAUUCUCAGGUUCCGGUUAAGGGUGAGCGGCGGGGGAUGUGGAUGCUGGCAAAAAAAAAGUCUGUCUCAGUUUAAUCAGUAUGGAAGUCUCAGCAUUAUCGAAGUGACAUCCGCCAGCAUUGACGUGUCCCACACGUCAGUUACUCUUCUUGCAUUUAAUCCAGUUCAGCAGCAGUGUACUGAAAUAAGAUGGAAACCAACAAACACAACAUUUAAAGGACUUCUGUGACUGAUAUCUUCAUAUAGAUCUACCUGGAAACCAUAACCCACCCCACUGAGGUCCAGACCUGGGCCAAAUACAGACCCGCAUCAAAUAAUUUCCAUGUAAAAUAUUGUUUUAUGUAUUUCAGUUAUUUGCAAAUAAACUGGGAAGACCAA